UUUGUUAUCAACGCUACGAUCGGCAACAUUAUCAGUUUGUCGGGGUCUUUCUUUUUGUCGGGACCGCACGCGCAGUUGCAAAAAAUGUGGCACGAAACGCGUCGCGUUGCCACGGCCGUCUACCUGGCGUCACUGAUACUCACCCUGCUGAUUGCCUUUGGCAAACCGCCGGGGCCUAACGCUUUUUAUCUGCUGGUACUCAUGGCGUGCCAAUACGUGACCAUUACGUGGUACUGCUUGAGCUACAUUCCUUUUGCUAGGGAUGCCGUG